CCGCCCGGCGCGCCGCGGGCAUGGAGGUGCAGCUGGGGAUCGGGCGCGUGUACCCGCGGCCGGCGGGCCGGACCUUCCGCGGGGCUUUCCAGAGCUUCUUCCAGAGCGUCUGCGGGGCGUUCCAGGCGCCGGGCGCCGCCGCGCCGCGGGAAGAGCCGGGCACCAGCCACCAGGCGCCGGCGUGCGCCGCCGGCCCGCCGAGCCCCCGGGCGCCGCCGGCCGUCUCGCCCGCCUUCCUGCCGCUGCCGGAGCCCCGCGGGGCCGCCAAGGCGCUGCCGGCCGCCCGCCCGGCCAUGGGCUCGCCCUUCCCGUGCGCCGGCGACCUGAAGGAGCUGCUGGGCGAGGCGGGCGCGCUGCCGCCGCUGCUGCCGCCCGAGGCCGAGCCGGCGGCCGGCCGCGCCGAGCCGGCGCCCAAGGAGGACUUUCUGGGCGACAGCGCCAAGGAGCUCUGCAAAGCCGUGUCCGCCUCCAUGGGCCUGGCCGUGGAGGCGCUGGAGGCGCCCGGCGAGCUGCUGCCCCGCGAGGACUGCAUGUUCGCCCUGCCCGGGGGGCCGCCCCGCGCCCCGCGCCCCGCCGCCAAGGACCCUCCGGAGCCGCCGCCCGCCCCGGCCGCCUUCAAGGGCGGCGGCGGCGAGCCCGGCCUGGCCGUCGACGUGCCCGCCGGGCUGGCCCUGUACCGGGGCUCUCCGGCGCCCGAGGAGCCGCCGGCGCUGCCGGGCCGCGACUGCUUCGCGCUGCCGCCGCCGCCCGCCCGCAUCAAGCUGGAGAGCCCCCCGGAGCCCGCGCCGGGCGGCGCCUGGGGCGCUCCGUGCCGCUUCGGCGCCGAGCUGGCCCCGCCGGGCCCCGCGCCGCCCUGGCCCUCCUUCUUCGCCGACGAGGGGCAGCUGUACGGGCCGUGCGCCGAGCCGCCCGCCGGGCCCUUCGCCUGCGGCCGCGGGCCGCCCGCCGAGCCCGCCGACUUCCCCGCCGACGCCUGGUACCCGCUGGGGCGGCCGCCCUACGCCGCCCCCGCCGCCUGCAUCAAGAGCGAGCUGGGGACCUGGGCCGAGGGCUACGGCGGCUACGGCGACGCGCGGUUGGAGACUGGCCGCGAACAUGUCUUGCCUAUUGACUAUUACUUUCCACCUCAGAAGACUUGCCUGAUCUGCGGCGAUGAAGCAUCAGGGUGCCACUAUGGAGCCCUCACGUGCGGGAGCUGCAAGGUGUUCUUCAAACGGGCGGCUGAAGGUAAGCAGAAAUACCUGUGUGCCAGCCGGAAUGACUGCACCAUUGACAAAUUCAGAAGGAAAAACUGCCCGUCCUGCCGCCUGCGAAAAUGCUACGAAGCAGGGAUGACUCUCGGAGCCCGCAAGCUCAAGAAGCUGGGUAACCUGAAGACACAAGAUGAUGCCGAAGCAGCCAGUUCAUCCAGCCCCACGGAGGAGCAAGCUCCCAAGAUGGUGAUGACGCACAUUGAUGGGUUUGAGUGCCAGCCCAUCUUCCUCAACGUCCUGGAAGCCAUCGAGCCAGCUGUGGUGUGUGCUGGCCAUGACAACAGCCAGCCUGACUCCUUCUCCAACCUGCUGACCAGCCUGAAUGAGCUCGGGGAGAGGCAGCUGGUCUACGUUGUAAAGUGGGCAAAGGCCUUGCCAGGAUUUCGUAAUCUGCAUGUGGAUGACCAGAUGUCAAUAAUCCAGUAUUCUUGGAUGGGUCUUAUGGUUUUUGCUAUGGGUUGGAGAUCUUUCACUAAUGUCAACUCCAGGAUGCUUUAUUUUGCUCCAGAUUUGGUCUUCAAUGAAUACCGGAUGCACAAAUCCAGAAUGUACAGCCAAUGUGUCAGGAUGCGGCACCUCUCUCAGGAGUUUGGCUGGCUUCAGAUCACACCCCAGGAGUUUCUCUGUAUGAAGGCUCUACUCUUCUUCAGUAUUAUUCCAGUGGAUGGCCUGAAGAACCAGAAGCUCUUUGAUGAACUUCGAAUGAAUUACAUUAAGGAACUUGACCGGAUCAUCGCUUGCAAGAGGAAGAACCCUACCUCCUGCUCUCGGCGAUUUUACCAGCUCACCAAGGUCCUGGACUCCGUGCAUCCUAUUGCCAAGGAUCUGCAUCAGUUUACAUUUGACCUUUUAAUUAAGGCACAUAUGGUGAGCGUGGACUACCCUGAAAUGAUGGCCGAGAUCAUUUCUGUGCAGGUUCCAAAGAUCCUGUCUGGAAAAGUCAAACCUAUCUACUUCCACGCGGAGUGAUCUUCCAGCAGGGACCUCCCACUUCUGCCACCCCCAUUUCAGCCAUCUCCUGCCUAUUGUUUCUGCACUACUGUACUGCAGUGCCUUGGGGAAUCCCCUCUAAAGAUGGUGUGCCGAGAAGACAGACAGUAGCAACUACCUGCUGGGAUUCCUUAGAUUUCUAUUUUUCCUGUGGUACCUCUGAACUGAACUACCUGCCACGGCUUCUGCCUAGGUUUGGCUGGCUUGGUCCGUUGGGACACGUAGCGUGUGGCCUUGUGUCCCUGGCACAGUGUCUGCACUCUCUCCUUUAUCUUUUCUGCAGUGAUUUCUAGCGGCCCAGGGCCACAAGAGAGUGAGAGAAAUGCCACCAGUAGGUUGUUUUUAUUUUCUGUAUUUUUUUUGUGUUGUUUUUCUUUUUUUCCCCCCUGUAAAACAAAAAAAGGUGAGAAGCAGGUCGAACCUAUACGUUUGGGCAUGGGAUAUUUUACUGGCCUCUUCUGGGACAUUUUGUUUGUGUUAUGGUGCUGGGAAGCAGACAAGUUAAAGUGUUGCAGGAGAGAAAUGGAGUUAGAGGAAAGAGACGAAUUUGCAACCUGUUGAAUUUACAGACCCUGCCUUGGAGUCGGAAGGUGCCCUGCUGUCACACAGGGGCUGCUGACAGCACGCCACUGGUUUGUCACUGCAGGGGCUGGAGGGGACGACGACCUCUGGAAAUCCCUGGGGGCUGCGUGUGGCUACUGCUUUCUACCUGGGAUAUUUUUCCUGAGGCAAACUGGAUGUCCGUGUGCCCGGUGGACGCCUGGGUGCUCAGCGGUCACAUUCUGGUCGCGGACAGCUGCUGUCCCGCAGGCACAGCCCUACCCCACCUUCGCAAGUGCCUGACGCCUCUCGGACCUCAGCCUCUGCCCUCCUGCUGCCGGGCACCGCCAGUCCCGCCUGCCUCUGCCCCGCACCAGCUCCGUUCACGCUGGGUGUCCAAGGCCCAGGUUUUUCAGCUACACUACUUAUUUUCCAUUUGUCCAAACUCUUCUUUCUGACGCCAGCAGACGAGCAUCCCAGGAGGGGAGCAGCCAGGACUGUCUCUGCAGGAUCUGUGACCUGUUAUUAAUCCUAUCCCCUGGGAGAUGGUCGCAGCAACAGGCACGGUAUUUCCAUGGCACUUCAAGGAAGUGUAAAGAAAAUGCUUAAAAGACCUUCUCUCUUCUUAGAGGUGUGCGUGGCUCCUGCUGAUGUUGGUAGCUGACUGCAGGCACCUCCUGUGUGCACUGUCACACCUCCGCAUCGUGCCUGGGCCGAUGCAAUGCAGGAUGCAGCACGGCCUGUGCGGGUGGAUAAACACACCCUAGCGAACCUGGGCAUUCAGUUCAAAACCAGACAAAAUCAAAGGUUAAUAGAUCUGCAGUUGCCAAUGGCUCCCAGUGGUCAGGAAUAUUUGAGGAAAGGAGGCUUGGUUUCUCAGGCAUAGAUGUUGGCUUGACUCCAUUUUAUACCUCACAGUUGCAAGGAAGUGCGUGCCCACCAGCCCACAUCCAGAUUUGCUUAUUUGGCAGGCUCCACUUCUCACAAAGCAGUCAAACCUUCCCUCCCCUUGGUAUUUUGGUUCUCCCCUUCCCCACGUUGGUGAGCCCACCAAAGCUGUGUAGCCAGCCCUGGCCAGUGAAUCAGGGCAGGCUCUGGCAGGGCCGGCCUGGACUGCCUGCAGGUGGUCCUCACGCAGAGGACACAAGGUAAACAGCAAAUGAGGCCUUUGCCUGUGGAUUUGCUGACAGGCAGCGAUUUUGCCUGUGGGAGACUUGGUGCCCCUGUGCAGUGUGCUGUUGUGGUCCCCCAGCACAAACACACAGAAAGUGCAGUCAAAUUUGAGAGUUUGGAGAGGUGGGCCUCCUUACAAAUCACAUUGUAUUUCCUCUGCGUAAUGCCAACUAGUCAUGUUUGUCAGACGUCUUUACAGAGAAGAGAGUUAGGUUCGGGACAGUUGAUGCCAUGUACAAGUCUCCUGACUCUGCCAUGCAGCAGACAGUGCUAAUUCUUCUGCUUCUUGGACCUUUCACGAGCUGAGCGUAACCAUCAGCUCUGCCGGCAAAUGCCUUUGUGGUGCGUCUGGGUUCUCUGCAAACUCUCAGUAAGAACGAGCCUUUAAUUUUACUGAUGUUCUUCAGUCAUGCUAUAUGGGGUUUUCCUUAAGGGAAGGGGUGCGGAAAAACAAAAAUACUGAACGGAGGGUCUCUCUUUACAGUUACUUGUACAGAGAUUUCCUCUCCUGGUGUCUAUGGCUCUGAUCAAGCUGUUCUUCCUGAGAGCCCUUCUUGUAGGUGGCAUCAGAAGCCACAGAUGACUUUCUUGAGCAUCAGCCAACAGGCACAGAUUCUCAGUAGCUUCUUCUAUUUAAAGGGCUGUGGCUGCAAGCAUCUUAAGUGUUGGUAUGGUCUAUUAAUAUUUGCAAAUGAAUCAAUUAAAUGCCCUGCUGGGGUAUUCCUCCAUUCUUGAACAUUUUCUGGCUAUUAGCAGAGGAGUACAAUGAAUAACUGGCUUGAAAAUGCCCUGAUCUCUGUCAUCAACAGGAGGAUGCUUAUGGUCAGUCUAAAUGGCUUCUCUGGAGAGCUUUAUACAUUGCACGAGCUCAUGUCAGUGAGGUUUUCAUUAGUUAAUGAGUGUGAAGGUAGCCUGCUGGUUACUUUUCUGCUGGGAGGCUGGGAAGAAAUUGGAUAUAAUAGGGAUUUGCAUACACUGAUUUCCUGGUGGACACACAGUGUGAAUGAAAAGUGAUUUAGAAGGGGGAUACUGCCUGUGUAUAUCUGCCUUCAUCUGCCAGAUGCCUGCAGCCUGUGUGUAUGAUGCCUCUCCAGCCACAUGUGCUUUAAGAAGGAAGCGUGUGCUCACUUGCAGUCCCACCCGUCCGAUGGUGUAGGUGCGCGGUUGGGUUGCCUUGUCCACAAACACCCCACAGCUCCUGUGCAUUAGGGUUAUGUUCUGUAGCUCUUUGGUUUCAAAGUCAAUUUCUGCAACUUUUUUUUUUUCUUUUUUUUUCCAAAAGUCAGCUUUUUAUGAUACUCUCAGAGGAAUUACUGGAGGGUUUGGGAGCCAGGAUCAGUAGCACCCAACCGUGUAUUUGCUGGGGGGGGGAGGCUAACACUGUUUCUUUGUUUAUUUCUAUCAGCUGCUGCAGAAACUGGAAAAAAAGAGGCUUAAGAAAUACCAAAGUCCAGUUCCUGACAUAUAUAUUUGUACUUUGUGUUUUCUUUUGCGUUUUCUUGUCUACUUUUGCUUUAAUAAAGUGAAGAGAAUCUCACUAUCGGCACAAUCCUGUCGCGGCGUUUCUGAGGUCCCUGGGUGCAGCCGUGGAGCAGACCCCCUCCAGGGCCCACAGCCCCCAUGUGGGCACUGCCCGCGUUGUCCCGGCACUCCGGGGGCUUUUGUGGUGGUGUAAGCUUGGUUGCUGCUCAGACCAUCGGCUCCCCUCGAAGGCAGCAGGUGGGGGACAAGGAACACGCUGCUGUUGGCCCGGCAGGGAUGUUAAUUUGUGGCAGGGUACAACUCCAUGAGACAAGGGGUGCAGAAGGAGCUGGGGUGGAGGGGCUGUGUGACUGCUUCUGGAGAGCUUGGCACCACCUUAAUUUGCUCCCAUAGAAGCCAAGAGGAGCCUUCUGCUUGGCUUCAGAAAAAAUGAAGUUAAGCCAGAGCAAUGAACAUCCCACACUGUGCACAGGCAGGUAAACACCAAGUGGCUCAGACCUGGGGAGGAAGGUGAGGGUGCUUAUCACCUCUACUGCGGUGUAAUGGAGUCACACUUCGUUCUGGUGUGUGCAGAGCUAGUCAGGUCACUGCCACGUCCUGCAGCGUGCCCAGGGUGGUGCCUAGGAGGCUGGCGGCGUGGCUGGGAAGAGCUGGCCUCCCUGCAGCCAUCUAACCCAGGGCUGUCUCUGCAGCUCCAAGGUACAGGCAGCUGUAGCUCCAGGUACUGAUCCCUCUGCCAAGCUGUUUCAAUAAAACAAUGUAAGUUAAAUGUAUAUAUGUAUAAUUUAUAUAUAGAGAGAGAGGCAUGCCCCUGUUUAUAUUGCUAAAAAUAUCUAUUUAAUGUUCUUCUGUAAGAAGGUUUCUUUCCUGAUUGCACACUGAGGGUAACUAAGUGCUCAUCAGGAGAUGAGUCCGUGUGCCAAUACUAAUGGGAGCUUUUGAUUUAAACUUUUUUUUUUGUUAUAUACUGCCCAGUUGUCAAGGGUCCACCCUCGCAUGACAUGAAUGGAGCAUGCACUGGCAUGGUCUGGUGUCAGUGGCUGCAUCUGCAGCUUUCCUUUAACUGACUGGUUAGACAGGGAUAGUGUUUGCACUUGAGGGACAACAGAGCAGCCUUUAUUUCUGCCCUCUCCAACUGCACAAAGUGUCCUUGCACUUUAGGGCAGAAUCCUGGAAUUACAAAGUGGUAGCCGCUUCCUACCUGAUGUUUCAAAGUAGAUUUUUUUUUUUUUUUUUGAGGCACAGGCAUACUUUCUUGUACCGCAAGGACUGACAGAAUCGCUCUCUGCACCUUUGCGUGCUGGUGCCUGCUGGCCACUCGCACAGGAGCUGGCGAUGCAGGAGGCGCGGCGCGGCCACGGACGGUGCCCCCGGCGAGAGCCCGGCACCAGUGGCAGCACAGGAGCUGGAAGGCGGCCGCCAGCACCUCGGGCACGAGCUGGCCACCGAGCCAUGGGUUUCCAGAAGAAAAGGCUCAGACUGCAACCUUCCCACAUCUCUGUAUUCUCGCUCACCGGGGCCGUAGUCACUGCUUUGAGGAAGCAAGGAGGGACUUUUGUUCAUUCCCAUUUAAAAUGGCAGGGGGACCUGCCUUUGUGAUUCAAAAAGCAAAUAUCUGCACCACACAUAAAACCACAGCAAAUUUAUAAGCUGCUCUCUGUGCCAGGUAUUUUGUGUUCUGUGGCAAUUUAAUGCUGUUUUUAUUUGUUAACGUCUCUGUAAUAAAAAGAGUUCUCUAUACUGAUAUAUUUUAUUUUCUUUGUAAUAAGCCAAAAAGCUCAUUGCUGGUGCCUUUUUGCCUGGGGAGGACUCCCAACCCACAGCUAUAUUCAUAAAAGUAACAAAGCAUAAUGUAAUAUAUUUGCAAUUGCUUGUUUCGCCAUAGCUAAGUAAAGUCAUGAAGCAAACACCACAGGAUUACCAAAAGAAAAGGAACAAGCAGCCUACAGAUUGGGCAGAAAGAAUGUCAGGUACAAUAAUGCGGUUAUUUCUCCAGCCUGUUUCCAAGUGAGUGAUUCCGAGGUGAGGGCUGAGCUUUUGGCUUUCCACACACGGUAUCGAAAAGCCUUUGCCCUGUCUCUGUGGGACCUUUCUGCUGCAUUGUCAACCUUUGUCCUCUGCACGAUUUGCAGUUUUGUUGAAGCAUACACACAUCAUCUUACCAGGGUUGCAGCUUUACUGUGGUUGCAACAUUGUGGUCUUUUCCAGUCACUGUUCAAAAAUGGCAGUGCUUUGCCUAAAUUAAUAGUAUCUGAGGCCAAAUUCUGCUUCUAGAGAAAGACACUGGUUGGCUUGUUGCCACUGUUCCUUUUUUGGUUGUUCCUGUUCUUUAUUGGAGCUAUGAUCUGGCCUUAAAUACACAGAAUAAGGAAAAUAGAGACCUGCCAUGUCACGGUGCCGUCGAGGCUGGAAGCAGGUGACAGCCCGCUGCCGUGAGGGGUGGCAGGGGAUGCACGGGAGGUGACUCAGAAAUCAGAGCGCUGGACUGAAGGACAUCCCUUCUUGUAACGAACCAAAAAGGGGAGCCUGUCCGGCACCCAGGGUAAAGACAAAGCCGAUUAUACUACAGUAGGGGAAAUCAAACUAUUUAGUUUUUGACUAUUAGUCCAUGCUUGGGUCCCGUGCGAGCACUCGGCCUGUGCUGUGCCACGGGACAGACCUUCAUGCUUGGUGUGCAACUCUUUUGUAAUCUUAAAAUCUGUUGUUCUAAGUACAAUAAAAGGCAGAAUCUUGUUUGUUGGAAAACUGCUGUAUGCGUGUAUUUGGCUUUUAUUUCAGUUAUGUGCAUGAAAAAAAUGUUAUUCGGUGUGACAAAUAAUAGAUAUUGAAGAUGCCAGGAAUAAUUGGGUCAUUUUUAAAUGGAUGAGGCUGUAUGUUGGGUUAUUCAUAGGCUAUUUUUCACAGUCGGAUUUUUGCUAUUAAUUACAUGUCUGAACUGUUAAUUCAUUUAACCAUCUACUGACUAAUCCUUUCAUAUAUGCCUCUUUGGGUCUUUUAAAAUUGGAUAUCAUUUGAUUAAUGUGUUUCUUGAAUCAAGGAGCUAAUAAAGGCCAGUGUCCUC